AUGAUGUGCGAGGUGAUGCCCACCAUCAGCGAGGAUGGCCGGCGGGGCUCGGCGCUGGGCCCGGACGAGGCUGGCGGCGAGCUGGAGCGCCUCAUGGUCACGAUGCUCACCGAGCGCGAGCGCCUGCUGGAGACGCUGCGCGAAGCGCAGGACGGGCUUGCUACGGCGCAGUUGCGGCUGCGCGAACUGGGCCACGAGAAGGACUCUUUGCAGCGCCAGCUCAGCAUCGCGCUGCCCCAGGAGUUUGCGGCUCUGACGAAGGAGCUGAACUUGUGUCGGGAGCAGCUACUGGAACGGGAGGAAGAAAUUGCGGAGCUGAAGGCAGAGCGGAACAAUACACGGCUUCUCCUAGAACACCUGGAAUGCCUGGUGUCCAGGCACGAGAGGUCACUGCGCAUGACCGUGGUAAAGCGCCAGGCCCAGUCUCCGGGCGGGGUCUCUUCCGAGGUGGAAGUACUCAAGGCUCUAAAAUCCCUCUUCGAGCAUCACAAGGCCCUGGAUGAGAAGGUCCGAGAGCGGCUGCGAAUGGCGCUGGAGCGGGUGGCUGUGCUAGAGGAGGAACUGGAGCUGAGCAAUCAGGAGACUCUGAGCCUUCGAGAGCAGCUGUCUAGGCGCCGGUCGGGGCUAGAGGAGCCCGGCAAGGAUGGGGAUGGGCAGACUCUUGCCAAUGGCCUGGGUCCUGGUGGGGAUUCGAACCGGCGCACGGCGGAGCUGGAGGAGGCCCUGGAGCGGCAGCGGACGGAGGUGUGCCAGCUGCGGGAGCGCUUGGCGGUGUUGUGCCGCCAGAUGAGCCAGCUGGAGGAGGAGCUGGGCACCGCCCACCGCGAGCUGGGUAAGGCCGAGGAAGCUAACGCCAAGCUCCAGCGCGACCUCAAGGAGGCGCUGGCACAGCGGGAGGAUAUGGAGGAACGGAUCACAACGCUAGAGAAGCGCUACUUGAGUGCCCAGCGUGAGGCCACCUCUCUGCACGACGCCAACGACAAGUUGGAAAACGAGUUGGCCAGCAAGGAGUCACUGUACCGACAGAGUGAAGAGAAGAGCCGUCAGCUGGCCGAAUGGCUGGACGACGCCAAGCAGAAGCUGCAGCAGACCCUGCAGAAGGCAGAGACCUUGCCAGAAAUUGAGGCCCAGCUGGCCCAGCGCGUGGCGGCUCUCAAUAAAGCUGAGGAACGUCAUGGGAAUUUUGAGGAGCGGCUUCGGCAGCUGGAGGCCCAGUUGGAGGAGAAGAACCAGGAGCUGCAGCGGGCCCGGCAGCGGGAGAAGAUGAACGAUGACCACAAUAAGCGGCUGUCCGAGACAGUGGACAAGCUGCUGAGCGAGUCCAACGAACGACUGCAGCUUCAUCUCAAGGAGCGCAUGGGGGCCCUGGAGGAGAAGAACUCACUAAGCGAGGAGAUUGCCAACAUGAAGAAGCUUCAGGAUGAGCUGCUGCUCAACAAGGAGCAGCUCCUGGCUGAGAUGGAGCGGAUGCAGAUGGAGAUUGACCAGCUUCGGGGGAGGCCACCGUCGUCCUACUCCAGAUCUCUCCCUGGCAGUGCCCUGGAGCUCCGUUACUCUCAGGCACCCACCUUACCUUCUGGUGCCCACCUGGACCCCUAUGGGGCUGGCAGUGGCCGGGCAAGCAAGAGGGGCCGCUGGUCAGGGGUCAAGGAUGAGCCCUCUAAGAGACAGGAGUGGGAGAGGUCUGCCCCUGCGGGGUCCAUGCCACCUCCAUUCCCUGGCGAGCUGGAUGGCUCAGAUGAAGAGGAGGCUGAAGGGAUGUUUGGAGCUGAGCUGCUGUCCCCCAGCGGGCAGGCAGAUGUUCAGACACUGGCCAUCAUGCUUCAGGAGCAGCUGGAGGCCAUCAACAAAGAGAUCAAGUUAAUCCAAGAGGAGAAGGAGACAACAGAGCAAAGAGCAGAAGAGCUGGAGAGCCGGGUGUCAGGCUCUGGCCUGGACUCACUGGGCCGCUACCGCAGUAGCUGCUCACUGCCCCCCUCCCUCACCACCUCUACCCUCGCCAGCCCCUCCCCUCCCAGCUCUGGCCACUCAACACCCCGUCUGGCACCCCCCAGCCCUGCCCGUGAGGGCACCGACAAAGCUAAUCAUGUCCCUAAGGAGGAAGCUGUGGCUCCCCGAGGGGAGGGGCCAGCAAUCCCAGGAGACACCCCACCUCCCACUCCUCGCUCUGCCCGCCUUGAGAGAAUGACGCAAGCCUUGGCACUGCAGGCGGGAUCCCUGGAGGAUGGAGGGCCAUCACGGGGAAGUGAGGGCACCCCAGAUUCCCUGCACAAAGCUCCCAAGAAGAAGAGCAUCAAGUCAUCCAUAGGCCGUCUCUUUGGCAAGAAGGAGAAGGGGAGGAUGGGACCACCAGGUCGGGACAGCUCUUCUCUGGCUGGAACACCCUCAGACGAGACACUGGCCACUGACCCUCUGGGGCUAGCCAAGCUGACGGGCCCAGGAGAUAAGGACCGAAGGAACAAGAGGAAGCAUGAACUUCUGGAAGAGGCCUGCCGUCAGGGCCUGCCUUUUGCUGCUUGGGAUGGGCCCACUGUGGUCUCCUGGCUAGAGCUGUGGGUAGGCAUGCCUGCAUGGUAUGUGGCCGCCUGCCGGGCCAAUGUCAAGAGUGGUGCCAUCAUGGCCAACUUGUCAGACACGGAGAUCCAGCGCGAGAUCGGCAUCAGCAACCCACUGCACCGGCUCAAGCUGCGCCUUGCCAUCCAGGAGAUGGUCUCACUCACCUCACCCUCUGCUCCUGCCUCCUCUCGCACCUCCACAGGAAACGUGUGGAUGACACACGAGGAGAUGGAGUCCCUUACCGCGACGACCAAGCCUGAGACCAAGGAGAUCAGCUGGGAGCAGAUCCUGGCAUAUGGCGACAUGAACCACGAAUGGGUGGGGAACGACUGGCUGCCCAGCCUGGGGCUGCCCCAGUACCGCAGCUACUUCAUGGAGUCGCUGGUGGAUGCCCGAAUGUUAGAUCACCUUAACAAGAAGGAACUCCGGGGCCAGCUCAAGAUGGUGGACAGCUUUCACAGGGUGAGCCUGCAUUAUGGGAUCAUGUGCCUGAAACGGCUCAACUAUGACAGGAAGGACUUGGAGCGGAGGCGGGAAGAGAGUCAGACCCAGAUCCGAGACGUGAUGGUGUGGUCCAAUGAGCGGGUCAUGGGUUGGGUGUCCGGGCUGGGCCUGAAGGAAUUCGCCACGAACCUCACGGAGAGCGGGGUGCACGGGGCACUGCUCGCCCUGGACGAGACCUUCGACUACUCCGACCUGGCCUUGCUUCUGCAGAUCCCCACGCAAAAUGCACAGGCCCGGCAGCUCUUGGAAAAGGAAUUCAGCAACCUCAUUUCCUUGGGCACAGACAGGCGGCUGGAUGAGGACAGUGCCAAGUCCUUCAGCCGCUCCCCAUCCUGGCGGAAGAUGUUCCGAGAGAAGGACCUCCGAGGCGUAACCCCCGACUCAGCUGAGAUGUUGCCCCCCAACUUUCGUUCGGCCGCAGCAGGGGCUCUGGGCUCGCCGGGGCUCCCUCUCCGCAAGCUGCAGCCGGAAGGCCAGACUUCUGGGAGUUCCCGGGCAGAUGGCGUUUCUGUCCGGACCUAUUCCUGCUAGUGUAGGCUUCCAGGUGAGGACCAUACUGGGCGAUCUUGGGGAUCGGGGCGGCACAGUGGAUCUUCACGCCUGGCGUCAAUGCAGGUGACCUCACUCGG